AUGUCUACUAGUGUGACGGAAGAUUACAGCAAGAUCAAAUCGUUUGCAAUUUUUCCACCUAUUGGUAUUGCACGUGUUGGCAAUUCCACAGAUUAUUAUGUCGGAGCAGAGAUUUCUGGAGUGUAUGUUGGAGAGGGUGACACUUUCUUCAAAUUUAAGGAUGAAAAUAAUCGUGUAAGACCACAAGCUGCAAGAUUCAGAAUAUAUGGUUACGACGAAAAUGGUGUCGUGCGGGAGAUCAAGCUUACUGAUGAAAAUGAAAAUGUGAAA